AAUCGUUGGAACGGUCGGAGCUCGGAGGCUCGGAGCCGUCCAAUUUUACCUCAUCAAAUUUGAACUUUCUUUUUUUCUUUUCCCCUUCAAAUGCUUUAUCUUUCUCAGUCACCAAACAGGCCUCCUAUCCCGUUUAAAAUCCAAGGAAAAAGAAAAGGAAAUACCUUUAAACGGUUUUCUUUUUCCUCCACGGCCAUUAAAAAAAAUCAGUUAUUAUCUGUUUAGUUGGUGAGAUUAAGUUUCUUUUUCAAAUUAAUUUGAUUUACUUUCCUCUGGUUAGCCAUUUAGGCUUUGUGGUCUUUUCUAGGGUUGUUUCAGAAAGAAAGGGAAAUUGCAUAUAUUUGUUUAUUGUAAGGUGCCAAGGAUUGAUAAUAUUUGUUCAAAUGAAGAAGCGGCAAUGAGGAGAGGGGAAGAGAAAUGGAGGUUAGAUCUGAGAAUAGCAUACAAGUGAGGUCCGACAAGUUCCCUAGUACAGUGAUUCCUAGGACUCGCCUUCAGGUUUGGUUCUUUAGAGUUUGUUCCAGCAUUUUGCUUUGGACUUGUUUGGUACACAUCGUCGCCGUUGCUGAGCUAUGGCAUCCUCGUUUGCUUACCGGUUUUACCAGCCGGAUUUCCUGGAUCACGCGUCCUCCUCUUCGUCUUCAACACUCGCUCCAUUCCCCUCCCCCUCUUGUUCCUUCCAGAUACUAUAGAAGUAAUGGUUUUCUUAAAGUUUCUUGCAAUGGGGGCUUGAAUCAAAUGCGUGCUGCGAUCUGUGACAUGGUAACUGUUGCCAGACUUUUAAAUCUCACUUUGGUUGUACCGGAGCUUGAUAAGAAAUCAUUCUGGGCGGACCCUAGUGAUUUUGAGGAUAUUUUUGAUGUCAGACAUUUCAUUGAUUCCCUAAGGGAUGAAGUUCGAAUUGUCAGAAGGCUACCAAAGAGAUUUAGUAGUAAAUACGGGUUUGAAGCUUUUCAGAUGCCUCCUGUUAGCUGGUCAAAUGAAAAAUACUACUUAGAACAGAUUCUACCACUGUUCAGUAAGCAUAAGGUGGUACACUUCAAUAGGACAGAUACACGACUUGCAAAUAAUGGGAUCCCACUCGCUCUUCAAAAACUGAGAUGCCGUGUUAAUUUCCAAGGACUGAAAUUUACUCCCCAGAUUGAGACAUUGGGGCACAAAUUGGUUCGCAUUCUUCAAGAAAAGGGACCCUUUGUGGCAUUGCAUCUGAGAUAUGAGAUGGACAUGUUGGCUUUCUCAGGUUGUACACAUGGUUGCACUGUGGAAGAAGCCGAGGAGCUAAAACGACUGAGGUAUGCAUACCCUUGGUGGAGAGAGAAAGAGAUAGUGUCUGAAGAGAGGAGACAGCAAGGGUUGUGCCCUCUGACACCGGAGGAAGCAACAUUAGUUUUGCAAGCAUUGGGUUUUACUAAGGAAACUCAGAUUUAUAUUGCUUCCGGUGAGAUUUAUGGCAGUGAACGGAGACUGGCACCACUAAGAGCUGCAUUUCCACGGAUUGUUAAAAAAGAAACACUAUUAGAUCCAGCGGAGCUGCAGCAAUUUCAGAACCAUUCAUCUCAGAUGGCAGCUUUAGACUUUAUGGUAACGCUUGCCAGCAAUACCUUCAUUCCCACAUAUGAUGGGAACAUGGCAAAAGUUGUAGAAGGUCAUCGCAGGUAUCUUGGGUUUAAAAAAAGUAUCCUGCCAGAUCGAAAGAAACUUGUUGAAUUGCUGGAUUUGCAUCAGAAUGGGACACUUCCAUGGAAUGAUUUUGCACUAGCUGUAAGGCAAGCGCAUGAAAAACGGAUGGGACAGCCCUUCCAUCGUCGGAUUAUUCCAGACAAACCAAAGGAGGAAGAUUAUUUCUAUGCAAAUCCUCAAGAGUGCCUUUGUGAGGGAACAGGUUGUGAAGACGUACUAGACCCUGGUAAAUCAAGUAAAGUUACAAUGACUGCAGGUGAGCAGCUCUAAAACUCAGCUCGAAAUGGUUUCCACGCAACCGUUCCUAAACUUUAUGGACGAUAACCAGUCAGGUCCAGGAGAAAUGCUCUAAACAACCAUGUAUAAAUGUACUUAAAAAGAGUUCUGCAAGAAACAACAGCAGAAAGUCCUCCAGGUUCCAUCUAGGCACAGAAAGAAAAAAAAGGAAACAUAUUUUUUCCCCUUUUUGCUUAUAGAUUUUAUUUGUUUGUUGUCCCCGCUUACCUGUUGAUUUUGUAUUCAGCACCGUCACAUAAUUCCACUGUUGAAUUAACCAAAUAUUUUUACA